AAGAAACAAGAGCUUUCAAGCAAAAAAAAAAAAAAAGCAGUGUUUUAGCAAUGCUCCAUGAAAGCAGCUUUUACUGGCAAGUUAAAUUUGACUGGCCUGGAAGAUUCGACCAGUCUAGACUAGAGGGCAGCUUUAGAAGAGGUAGAAGGAGAUGUGGCAGAGCUGGAACUGAAACUUGACAAGUGCAUAAAAGGUUCAAGAAGUGGGAAAACAUCAAUCAGAAGAUACUGAGGACCUUCCUAUCAGACUCUGCAGUACCAUGAGAGCUAAGGUGCUGACUGAAGCAGUGAGUGGUAGGGAUGGAAAGCCAUCAGAGAUUAGUCUCUGGUGAAGCUUUGUAUUGCAAUGAUUGAUACUGGAAAAGCAUUUUGUACAGCCAACAAGCAGUUCAUGAAUGGAAUUCGAGACCUUGCACAAUAUUCCUGUAAAGAUACAUUGGUUGAGACCAGUUUGACGAAGUUCUCUGACACCUUACAGGAAAUGAUCAAUUAUCAUAAUAUUCUGUUUGACCAAAUCCAAAGAUCAAUUAAAACACAGCUUCAGACUUUCGUUAAAGAAGAUAUUAGGAAAUUUAAAGAUGCAAAGAAACAGUUUGAAAAAGUGAGUGAAGAGAAAGAAAAUGCUCUGGUGAAAAAUGCCCAAGUUCAAAGAAAUAAGCAACACGAGGUAGAGGAAGCAACCAAUAUUUUGACUGCAACACGGAAGUGUUUUCGACACAUAGCUCUGGAUUAUGUUCUUCAGAUCAAUGUUCUUCAAUCUAAAAGGAGAGCGGAAAUCUUAAAAUCGAUGUUAUCGUUUAUGUAUGCACAUCUGGCUUUUUUCCAUCAAGGCUAUGAUCUGUUUAGUGAACUUGAGCCCUACAUGAAAGAUCUUGGUGCACAGCUGGAUCAGUUGGCUGUAGAUGCUGCGAAGGAGAAGAGAGAUAUGGAGCUAAAGCACUCCACUAUUCAACAAAAGGCUGCUUUACAGGAUUACUCCAGCGAUGAUACUAAACUAGAAUACAAUGUAGAUGCAGCCAAUGGCAUCGUUAUGGAAGGCUAUUUAUUCAAGCGAGCCAGCAAUGCCUUCAAGACUUGGAACAGGAAAAAGCCAGAUCACAUCAGGCGCUGGUUCUCAAUACAAAAUAACCAACUUGUGUACCAGAAGAAAUUUAAGGAUAAUCCCACAGUAGUUGUUGAAGACUUGCGGCUCUGCACAGUUAAACACUGUGAAGACAUAGAAAGACGUUUCUGUUUUGAGGUGGUUUCUCCAACAAAGAGCUGCAUGCUUCAGGCUGACUCGGAAAAGCUGCGGCAGGCGUGGAUUAAGGCUGUUCAGACCAGUAUUGCCACAGCAUAUAGAGAGAAAGGGGAUGAAUCUGAGAAACAGGAAAAGAAAUCAUCCCCUUCUACUGGGAGCCUAGAAUCUGGGAAUGAGACAAAAGAGAAGUUGUUGAAAGGAGAGAGUGCUCUGCAGAGAGUUCAGUGUAUUCCUGGCAAUGCUGCCUGCUGUGACUGUGGUUUGGCAGAUCCUCGCUGGGCCAGUAUCAACCUGGGAAUCACAUUGUGCAUUGAGUGCUCUGGGAUACACAGGAGCUUGGGAGUCCACUUCUCAAAAGUAAGAUCUUUAACAUUGGAUUCAUGGGAACCUGAACUCCUAAAGCUUAUGUGUGAAUUGGGAAAUGAUGUUAUAAAUAGAAUAUAUGAAGCGAAGUUGGAAAAAGUGGGAGUAAAGAAGCCACAAUCUGGAAGUCAAAGGCAGGAGAAGGAGGCAUACAUCAGAGCAAAAUAUGUGGAAAGAAAGUUUGUAGAGAAGCAAGCUGCAUCAGUACCUCUGCCUGAGUCUGGAACAAAAGUUUUGCCUCCAAGUCAGGAAGAGAAAAGGCACAGUGGCCCUGAAAAGUCCCUUUUGGCAGGGGAGCAAGGUGCAGCAUCUCAAAAAGCGGUUGCUGUAAGUAGCGACGAGGCGAGGCGGGAGUCUCUGUUCUGUCCUGAUGAACUUGAUUCACUCUUCUCCUACUUUGAUACCUCUUCAAAACUCCGUAGUAUCCGAAGCAGUGACAGUGGGAUCCAGCCGAGUGCUGAUGACAGCAGAGAACACCUUGCCUCUACUAUAUCAGCCAACAGUUUGUAUGAACCAGAAGGAGACAAGCAAGAGUCUCCAGUGUUCUGUGACUCCAAGCAGCCUAGUCCAGGAUUGCAGCUAUAUCAAGCUGCCUUUGAGAAAAAUCUUCCUCACAUGGCAGAAGCAUUGGCCCAUGGAGCUGAAGUAAACUGGGUCAAUGUGGAAGAAAACAAAGCAACACCACUCAUUCAGGCAGUGCGAGGGGGUUCAUUGGUUACUUGUGAAUUUUUGCUGCAGAAUGGGGCCAAUGUGAACAUCCGAGACAUGAAAGGAAGAGGGCCCCUGCACCAUGCCACAGUUCUAGGACAUACUGGACAAGUGUGUUUAUUCCUAAAACGAGGAGCAAACCAGCAUGCCACUGAUGAAGAUGGGAAAGAUCCAUUGAGUAUAGCAGUGGAAGCUGCAAAUGCAGAUAUUGUAACACUGUUGCGUUUAGCCAGGAUGAAUGAAGAAAUGCGUGAAUCAGAAGGACUCUAUGGGCAGCCAGGAGAUGAAAUUUAUCAGGACAUUUUUCGUGACUUUUCUCAAAUGGCAUCAAAUAAUCCAGAGAAGUUAAACCGCUUCCAGCAGUCAGAUUCCCAGAAGUCUUAAGUAUCAAGAAGGAAAAGAACCUGAAGCUUAUAGUGCAAGUCUUUUUUCAUUGUAACAGAAUGAAUUGUAUGCAUUUUGUUAGAUAGUUUGGAUAAAAUGACCACUCCAAUGUAGCUUUAGAUUGUGGUAGCUGGGGAAAUGUAUGAGUUGGUUUAUGUUGUACAGUACAUAUACCUCAGCAGCUGAAGAUGUUUAAAACCCCUGAGUACCUGCUAGCUCAGUGUAAAGCAGCCUGUUACAUGUCCAGCGUUUGCAGCUCGCACUCGGAGGUGGCAGAGCACGGCUGGAGCGCUGCGGGCUCCGACUGCAGGAUGGUCACAGCAGCUUUGCUACCCAGUAUCAUCCACUGUCAUCUGUCCCCCUGUUGCCAUAGAGAAUGUGCCUCUGACAAGAAGGUCUGGGUUGCAUUUUCUGGGACUGUUUGGAAGGGAAAUUGGGUAAUGACUUACUGAGUUGUCCUUCCAUUUGUAGGGCUGCAGCUCAAGAGAUUCUCUUGUUCCUAUGCUGACUCUGGUUAGAGGUAGGCUGUUCAUAGCAGAUGUGAUAACUCCUGCCCUUUUGCAAGCUCUUUCACAGUGGAAGCUCUAGCACCAGGCUGGCCUUUAUGCUGGUGACUGCAGGUCAGUCACAAAGGGAUAUAUCCUGGGGACCAAACUCCUAAGAGCAGUCCAUUUUCCUUUUAUUUUUUGUUUUUCUUCUCCUCUUAAAUUAAACUUUCAGUGCAGCAAGUAUCCUUCUAAAUGAGUAUGUGGAACCUUUCAUGAAAAAUAAACUUAAUCCUUUUGGACAUGAUGUGGGGUUUGUUUGUAGUAUUUUGACAUGAAAACUUGAAACUUGAGACAUGAAAGUAAAUAUUGAGCCAACGAAGUUUGUGUAGAAUAUUUGUAAAAAGGCUGUUUCUACUUUUUGCUGUUCUCACUACUAGCCGUAAGCUCAGUAUAAGUCUCAUGUCUUGCAGCCACCCUAAAUUUAGGCCAAUCAAUCCUUUAUAUGAGGAAGCAGUAGCCCUUGUAUAAUCUGCAGUGAUGACAAUUUGCUUUAUUCAGUGGUGAGCCCCACUCCGCCCAUGUGCAUGUAUAAAAGGCUUCUCUAGAUAUAUGCUUUUAUAUCAGGUUAUUUAUACCUAGAUAAUCCCCCUAAACCCCAAACCAGCAGAUGCAAUUCUUUAUCCUCUAUUUGUCUGCCCUGUGGAGACAACUUAAGCAGAGUUUUUAGCUGGCAUAGUAUCAAUGUGAGUUGUCAGUGAUCCUAAUAGCUGUGGCAUUAUGUUAACCUGCUGUUUAAGUGUAUUUAGGAAACGAAUUGGCUUUUCUCCAAGGAAAGAUAAGCAAAACUGGGAUAAACCAAAUUGAAAUCUGUAAACUAUGGUAAAUUUUCUGGCAUGUUAAAUUUUAAGAAGGUAUUUCAAACAUUUGUAAUUUUGCAUCAAAUGUAUAAUAAUGUAUCAAAUCUGCAUAUUGUUAUUUCUACAGAAUUAGUAGUGUUGUAGAAUUGUCCAAUGGAUUUUGUUUCCAAGCAGAAGAAUCUUACAAGACAGUUCUUGCUUUGUAUGUGGUCUAAUUAUGGUAGGAAAAGCAGAUUCUGCCCAUUUAAAGUGUGCAUUUAGUCUGAAUAAUAAGAAACUUAAGGAUAUCACCGGUAAGCAGUAAUUUUUAGUAAGCUAGUUUUUAAAUAGCUAUGAAAUUAUAAUAUACUUCCUAAUCAGCAGUAUUUACCAGCAAAUGGGUGUUUUAGUAGAUCUUAGAGAAAGUAAGAUUCCUGGUGUACAGAUGGGACAAUGUAAGAUAUGACUGCAUAAUAUACAGCGUAGACAUAGGCUUUUCUAAAUGUUUGUCUUUCCCAGCCUGGCUGGCAGGCAGUGUAUAGUGUGAUUGGCUGGAAUGUAAAGCUGCCUAAAGCUUAGUGGCAUAAUUGCUGUCUCAGUCCAGGCUGCUGGAAAAAAGGUCUGAGACAUUUACUUCAAAUCUCCACUGGUGACUUCUUCCCUAGCCACAAAAUCUCUCUGACAAAUUUUGCGGGAUGACUUCUCUAGACUAAGAAGUUGCUUCCCUGUAGCUCUACAGAUCCGUGUGUUGCAUUCCUGAGUUUCAUCUCUCUGGGAAACAGUAUCAGUCUGUCUAUGCUAAGGGAUGAAUCACAGACCUGAUUGACAGGUUGUGAGACUUGUCAGGAGCGCUGGAGUUUUAAUGGCUCAGGGAGUAGGUGUGUCACUUGUGAUUCUGCAGCCUUGUUCCCUUGUCCUUUCAGGUAUGGUAGGAUGUCCAGUAUAAACUGCACUCAGUUAGAGCCUUUUUCAGGUCAGGUGCAAUGGUGACAUGUUGCUCAUCAGCAGAAAUUAAAAUACCAUUGAGUUACAUGGAAUGUGUUGAUGGCUCAGUCUCACCAGGCUCGUGCAGGCUCCAUGUUCCAUCCAGAGCCUCUGUGACUCACAGGAUUCAGCCCCCAGUAGUGUGAUUAUCACCAUGGCUCUGAAGAUCUGGAUUCCAUAUUGAGUUUUGACUCAUGUUAAUCUUCUGCUCAGUAAUAUUAAGAAAUUCCAUUCCUAUUACAAAAGUGAAUCUAAGCAGAAUAGUAGGCAGUAAGGUUCCAUUGUGGGUUAACAUCUUGUACUUUGUACCAGGCAAUGGAAAGGUUCAAUUCCAGUUCAUGUUUCUCUGUAGGUAUGAAAUAUAGUAGGUUUUAAUUUGUGAGGGACAAAGCAGAAUAUUCCUAACACAUUUAAAAACCAUCUUUCACCUGGAUUUUUAGUAAUUUUCUACAUUAGCCUGUUGAACCAUAGUAUAAUAUCUUUCCUAUUUAGAGAUCAUGUGUUCCAAGCCUCUUGAAACAACAAAUGUUGAGGAAGUCAACAUGCAUUCUAAUGCAUCUUGAUUUCAGAGGUGUAACUUACGUCCAUUGCAUGUUGAUUAAAAUAGUGUCUGUGGUGGCUCAUUAGUGGUAUCAAUUGUUUUGACUGGUCAUAAGGUUUCAUGUUUUCUAUUAAUGUCAGUACAGUCCAUAUAAACUUAAAUUUAUGAAUUAUCAUACUGAGUUACGCCACUACUUGUGUUAGCUGGAAUUUGUUCACGUGAAUUUGGGUGAAAGCAGUAGAUGGUAGAGGUAUUUUUUUGCUUUCACAAACAGCCCACAUUGCAAUCUGAUGGAUGCAUGUUCCAGGUGCUCAUUAGUACAUUGUGGACUUCAGGCUCUCUGCCCACUAGAACCUAAUUCAGGAAGUCACUGAUACCAGUAGCAGUCUUUCCACUGAUUUUGGAGAUUUUGGAUUGUACCAUUCAUGGCUUUUAAUGUUAGAGUGCUAAAGGAUCCUGUAUCAAUACUGCAUUUUUCACUCUGUGGGGUUUUAUAUUUUACCUGUUUUUAUACUGAGCUGAAAUAGUUUUAGAAAAUGCAACCAGACCUUCCAACUGCUGUCAGCAAAUCCCCUAUACAAGAGGAAGUUUCUCUUGUUUUGCAUUAUGACAUCAGUACACGUGUGUUGUUCAAAUGACUAGCUCUCCUGGACAGAGAAAAAACUUUGUAGCACUAAACUAAAAAGGUGAGAACUAGAACAAGCAGAGGGUUGAUGCCAUGUUUCCAGGACUUCGGUGCUUCUCUGCAGCCAUCUGUUUUAAAUUGUGGAUGUUACUUCUGUUGCUUCAUCUUGAGAAUCUCAAAUAACGCAGUGACUAUGAAACGACCCUUUGAUGAAACUGCAAAUAUGUAAGUACAAAGGACGUGAUAUUUUCACAGUGUCAAAAGGACUGAGCUGAUUAUUCUGAUUCUUUAUUACACAAAGUAUUAUGAGAAUUGGUUUUUCAGGCUACAAUCUCUGCCCAUUUGUUAUAGACACUUUUUCCCAAGUUAAGAGUUUAUGGCUUGUGCAGCCUGACAGCCAACAUGCCUUGCUGCUGUGCUUACACAAAGGCACAGUUUUAAAACAGGGACAACUCUGGAAAGGCACUACUGGGGAAAAGGAUGAGUGUACCACUUUGGUAUAUCCCCUUUCAUAUGCUUGCUUUAUCUUUCUGUGUACAGUAUUUUCUUGUUUCUCUUCCCAUGGAAGGAGAUGAUAGAGGAGGAAAAUUCCACUCACUUUUCUGUUAGGAUCCUGAGUUUUCCAUGUUUUGACAGAAAUCGCCAAGAAAUCAUUGUUUCCUCAAGCAGAGACAUUACACUCUCCGAAAUAAUGAACUUUUGUUUUUCUCUCUGCGCGUUCCUCUGUACUCGGUGUUUUUUAAGCAUUCCAGCAGUAAAAUGUAAAGAACCCUUCCCCCUCUAAGCUGUAACUGUACGGAUUGUAUACCCCGCCCUCCUUCGCGUUAUGUACGGCUGUAGACUUUGUAUCUAAAACUUGACUGUA